AUGAUAGCACAAGGUCACGUGACAUCCGUAUCAACAUCCAGUGAUUAUGGAUCUAUCGACCCUAAGAACGUGUACGACGCCUCCAGAGCACUACUGAACACUACAGAACAAACGUUGACCAACAAAACCGUCCUGAAUGGCGCCUGGGUGGCCGCCACUAACGACAGAAACCAGUUUAUACAGGUGAACUUCAGUGUGCCCCACCUAAUAAGGGGCGUGACGACCCAGGGAAGGAACGGCUGUUGUAAGGACUGGGUUACACAGUACGCCGUCCACUACAGCUACGACUGUCAGCACUGGGUGGCUGUGGGCGGGGCUAACGAAACGGACAAAGGCAUUGGCGUCAUGGGCGGGUUGACAUGGAUGGUAAAAGUAGACGGUCAAAAUUCAGACGUAGUUGUGAUUAUGGAGAAUGAUGAAAUACUGUUUACCGGGAACAGUGACCAGGACACACCCGUCACCAAUGAUCUUGGCUGUCCUCUCUGGGCCCGAUGUGUGCGCAUCUACCCAAGACAAUGGCACAAAAAUGUCGCCAUGCGCAUCGACCUUCUAGGCUGUCCAAUCAAACAGCUUCCAGCGCCGACGACUUUACCAACACCAACAAGUACCCAGCCAUCGACAGCUGCCCCCACAGGGGCGCCCGUGACGUCAGCUAACACCGCCACCUAUCUGACCCUGUCAACUCACAUGACCCCUCCACCCAGGACACCAGCCGCCUUCUACAACACCAAGGAUCCUAUUGACUGCAAAUUCUCUCUCAGUACCUUCAACUGUUCAAUACCCAUAGUGCACCAGCACUGUCCUCUCUCUUGUGGUAAGAAAAGGAAAUAUUUGUUUUAUGAACUGAACCUAGAACAUGUUAAGCAUUAUUGUGGAAGGAACGCAGCUGAUCGUCGUUAA